CCAUCACCACCAUCACCAUCACCACCACCAUCACCACCACCACCACCAUCACCAUCACCACCAUCACCAUCACCACCAUCAUCACCACUUCCAUCAUCAUCAUCACCACCAACACCACCAUCACCACCAUCACCACCAUCACCACCAUCACCACCAUCACCAUCACCACCAUCACCACCAUCAUCACCACCACCAUCACCACCACCAUCACCAUCACCAUCACCACCACCAUCACCAUCACCACCAUCAUCACCAUCACCACCACCAUCAUCACCAUCACCACCAUCACCACCACCACCAUCACCAUCACCACCACCAUCAUCAUUACCACCAUCACCACCACCAUCACCAUCACCAUCACCACCACCAUCACCAUCACCAUCACCACCACCAUCACCAUCACCACCAUCAUCACCACCUCCAUUACCAUCAUCACCACCAACACCACCAUCACCACCAUCACCACCAUCACCAUCACCACCACCACCACCGCCAUCACCACCAUCACCACCACCACCAUCACCACCAUCACCACCACCACCACCAUCACCAUCACCACCACCACCACCACCAUCACCACCACCAUCAUCAUUACCACCAUCACCACCACCAUCACCAUCACCACCAUCACCAUCACCACCACCACCACCACCAUCACCACCACCACCACCACCACCACCAUCACCACCACCAUCACCACCACCACCACCAUCACCAUCACCACCACCACCACCGCCAUCACCACCAUCACCACCACCACCAUCACCACCAUCACCACCACCACCACCAUCACCAUCACCACCACCACCACCACCAUCACCACCACCAUCAUCAUUACCACCAUCACCACCACCAUCACCAUCACCACCAUCACCAUCACCACCACCACCACCACCAUCACCACCACCACCAUCACCAUCACCACCACCAUCACCACCACCAUCACCACCAUCACCACCACCACCACCACCAUCACCACCACCACCACCACCACCAUCACCACCACCAUCACCACCAUCACCACCAUCACCACCACCACCAUCACCACCAUCACCACCACCACCACCAUCACCAUCACCACCACCACCACCGCCAUCACCACCAUCACCACCAUCACCACCACCACCAUCACCACCAUCACCACCAUCACCACCGCCAUCACCACCAUCACCACCAUCACCACCACCACCACCAUCACCAUCAUCAUCACCACCUCCAUCACCACCAUCACCACCAUCA